AUGAAAGGUGUUAUAAGGUUAAGAAGGAAGGGCAAGCUUAGCUCUAGAUUCAAUGAUAAUGUUGAGAUUUUGAGUAGUGUGGCAGAGGUGGCCUAUAAUUUAGCCUUGCCACUAAGCUUGUCAGUUGUUCAUCUCAUGUUUCAUGUCUCCAUGCUUCGGAAGUACCUGUCGGAUGAGUCCCAUGUACUUUCUCCUGAUUCAGUGGAGUUGGGUCUAGACUUAUCUUUUGAGGAGGAUCAUAUACUCAUGUUGGAUGGGCAGGUCCGAAAGCUUAGGACCAAAGAAAUUGCUUUAGUGAAGGUGCAGUGGAAGCAUCGUUCGUUCUACAAUCCUCUGUUAAGAGGAACCUGGUUCACAUUAGCAAUGGUCGCUUAA